AUGAACAGUCAAGAAAAGAAAAUCACCACCACCACGCAAAAUCCCAACCCGAGCUCCGUCGCAACGAACUGUUCGGUCGUCAAUAGAGACGCGGCUUGGAGAGCUACAAAUCAAACUGCUGGUCUUGGUUGGACAGUGAAAACCCUCGAAGGAACUGCUGAAUUCACUCUAACUGCUCGUUUUGUUGGUUCAGCUUUGUCUGCAGAAGGACUAGCCAUGAGAGAGGCUCUGGCUAGAUGCAAGGAAAGGGGACUUAAACGGCUGCGAUGCGAAUCUGACUCUGCUCAACUGAUAAAAGCUCUCACCUCAGGAGAGGCUCAACCGGAACUAUAUGGGAUUAUCUCGGAUGUUUGUAGGUUCUCUAGUUAUUUUGAUGAAAUCUCCUUCUCUUGGAUAUCAAGGGAAAAGAACAAUGUUGGACAAGCUAAACAAUGUUUGGUUGAGGAAGAAGUCUUUGUGCCUGGCACCUAA